GAGUCAGAUUAAUUUUAGGAACCGAUUGAAAAACGUCUGCUGAAUUUAUCGAUAUCAGUCAUAUCACUUGAACUUUGUCCCAGUCGAGUUUCUAGAUUCGGCGUGUUGAAUACCCUUUUGGCAGUGAAAUUUCACGUUUUGCAAUCUUGGCAGAAACGCCUUCUGUGUCAGCGGUGUAUUUAUAAUGCGAAAAAUUGUGCUUCAAUAAGGUCAUCACCCCACCAACAGAGCAUCUCGUGCGGCCCCAAACCACUACAGACAAUGUCAACAUCGUGCCGUGUUAUCAACCAUCCCGAGUGACUCCAGCCGAAAAAAUCAACUGUGUACAACCGCACAUUGACCGGUCGUUGGACAAGAACAAUUCAAUGAAAAAUAUUCGCGACAAAGUGAUGCCAUUCAAGUGGAAUCUUGUGCAAGUUCAUAGUAGACAUUCUAUUCCUUGUAAUUUAUAGUAAUUGGUGUUAAAAUAAAGUGAACAUAAUGGCGGUUAGAGGGGGUCAAUUUUUCUCACUGUCGAUACGAAGAUUUGCCCGCAUGCUGGCCUUACCAAGAAUGGGCAGCUUCAGCUCGACGCCGAAAAUACUGAACGAUGACAGUCAAGACAACGACAUCCAAAUGCCCAUCAACUUCAGCCGGUUUGAGUUGCUACAGUAUUGUCAAACCCAGCCUUUAGUUGAACCCAUGGUGAAGAGGGCCUUUAAGAAGGCCGGCGAAUCCAAUGACGAUUCUUACGCAUUCAAGUACAAAAAGCUGAAUGCCGUGACCAAAGGGUCGGAACCAGGUUGUAGUGAUUAUGUUUCUAGUCCUUAUUCUCUAAGAGUUUUCCAGUGGAAUAUUUUGUCCCAAGCACUUGGACAAAUGAAUGAUAAUUUCGUCAAGUGCCCCGAUGAAGCUUUGGAGUGGAACUCUCGAAAAUUCCGUAUAAUUGAAGAGAUCGUGGAAUACUGCCCUGACAUUAUUUGUCUUCAAGAAGUGGACCACUUCAACUUCCUAAAACAUGUCCUUGGUACUCAAGGGUACACCGGAGUCUUCUACCCGAAACCGGAUUCUCCCUGUGUCUACAUUACGGGCAACAAUGGUCCAGACGGGUGUGCUAUAUUCUACCGAACGAACAAAUUCGACGUAAUAAAUAUCGAAUCCAGAAUUCUGGAAAUCUGGAGAGUACAAAGUAAUCAGGUGGCUCUUCUGGCGAACCUCCGCGUCAAAGAAACCGACCAAGAAGUCUGCAUCACCACCACCCACCUGAAAGCCCGGCAGGGCGCUUUCCUGUCGACCCUCCGCAACGAGCAAGGCAAGGACUUGCUCCAGUUCGUGUCAGAGCAUUCCGGCGACCGACCUGUGGUGAUCUGCGGGGACUUCAACGCCGAGCCCGUCGAGCCCAUCUACGGCACGAUGUUAUCUGACGAAUCUUUAGCUCUUGGUAGCGCUUACGCUGACUGUGAUAGUUCGAAUAAAAAUUCGGCGGACCGGGAACCCCCGUACACCACUUGGAAAAUACGGGACGAAGGCGAGGUCUGCCACACUAUAGACUAUAUUUUUUAUAAGAAGGGUAGCUUAGAGGUUGAGGCUGUACUAGAAUUACCAACUGGGGAGGAAAUUGGGGAGGAUCGGGUUCCGUCGUUUUCGUAUCCUUCGGAUCACUUUUCGCUGGUCUGCGAUUUCAAGAUGGGUAGUCAGAAGGUGCAAGCUUCACUUUAAGUGGUACAAUUUGUGAUAAUGUAUUUUUAAGUUAUGUGUUGUGAAGUGUCUUAAGGUUUAAAUUAUUUGUACUUACGGUAGAAGUGUAGGAUUUUUUCAACUAACAGUAACAAUAAAAGAAGGUCGAUAA